AUGCCGUCUUCGCAAGUAGACGACAAGCAAGGCCAGCCCAUCCAAGAAGGCGACGUGGUGUGGACCAGAAUCCGCGGCGGCCGGCGCGAGGGCCGAGUCGACCGGGUCGUCGAGUCGGGCGCCGAGGCGCGGGAGGCCAGGGUGAAGAAUCCACCUAAGGUCCUCUUCAAGGAUCAGCACGGCCAUGAUGUUGCGCAUAAUCCAGGGACGCUUGAGCAUAAGUGA